CACGAUUUAAUCAUUUUCUUGUAUAAUCGAUACUAGAUAAUAUAAAAUUAGUUAAUUGAAAUGACUCUCAUUAUCGAUUGAACUGCUGCUGAGAUGAGGUGGAAAUUAAUAAUAGGAGUCAUUUUCCUUGCGCUGGUUUUUGCCAGCGCUUGUCUAGAUCCUGAACCUGAUCCAAUGGCUCAAAAUGGCCAGGUCAAAAUUGAGAUAAAAAAUACGAGUGUAGUUCUGGAAUUCACAAUUAAAGGUGGAUCAAAAUUACGAAUCAGCCUCUACAUCAACGACCCUGACAAGUCUCAUCAACAUCAAGCAGAAUCUUGUGGUCAAAAUAAAACUUGCAUCAGGAGUGGAGACGAGAUUCACACAAUGAUAGACACUACCACCGGGAUUAUAAAAGUCUCUCGUUCCAUAAACAACCCCAGAGCAGAAAUAAUCGACUGCAUAGAACUGAAGACUGGAGUCGAAUGGUUCGGAGGACCCCAAAUGCGAUACCAACAUUGGCCAAUUCAACACAUGUACUAUGAAGAAGAGCCUUAUGUUCCAACCCAUCCAACCAACAUGGCAGUGACAGAACGAUACUGGCUUUCCAGCGAAGGCUCUUACAUUUUUGUCGAAGACACUGAUCCCCUCUUUCUGGAUCAGAACAACUUCAAGGACAAGCAUCUCUGUCUGAUAGCGAAAAAUAAAAAUCCGUACACGACUCGUGCAAAGGUGACACUCAAUUAUGAAGUUGGAACAAUGAUAGCCAACCCUAGAAAAGCUCAUGAGCUCGCGAUCAAAAAUCAUUUGGGAAAACCAUCAGGAAUUCCAGACGAGAGGAUGAUCAGACAUCCUAUUUGGUCGACCUGGGCGAGAUACAAAGUCAACGUUAGUGAUAAAAUCGUGAGGGAAUUUGCUCAGGAAAUUUUAUCGAAUGGAUUUAAUAAUAGUCAGCUGGAAAUUGAUGAUAAUUGGGAAACCUGUUAUGGUUCUGCGAUUUUUGAUAGCGAGAAAUUCCCGAAUGUUACGAAGCUCACUGGUGACUUGAAGAAGCAAGGAUUUAGAACGACUCUUUGGAUUCAUCCGUUCAUCAAUGAAGACUGCAGUGCCUACGAAGAUGCUUUCAAUGAAGGAUAUUUCGUUAGGAACAGUAAUAACAGCGUUUCCAUGUCAUGGUGGCAAGGUCAAAAGGCAGCCACGAUAGAUUUUACGAAUCCAUCAGCCGUGAGCUGGUGGGUCGCAAGAUUAAAAAAGCUGGAGGAUCAGGGCAUCGACAGUUUUAAAUUCGACGCUGGAGAAGUUUCCUGGUUGCCUCAACCUCCAAUAUUAACUGGAGAUGAUCAGCUCAAACCUGGAAUUUUCACAACCAAAUACGUGACCGCUUUGGCUGAAAAUUUUGAUAGUUUUAUCGAAGCACGAGUUGGUUGGAGAAGCCAAAACCUUCCUAUCUUCAUCAGAAUGAUUGAUAAAGACUCGAGAUGGACCUGGAACAACGGUCUUCCAACUCUGAUUACAACUCUGCUUCAAAUGAAUUUAAAUGGAUAUGUUUUCGUACUUCCUGAUAUGAUUGGAGGUAACGGAUACGUGAAUAAUUCUCUCAAUUCCACCGAAUUACCCGGAAAGGAAUUAUUCAUCAGAUGGCUUCAAGCUAAUGUCUUCAUGCCUUCUCUUCAAUAUUCCUUCGUUCCCUGGGAUUAUGAUAAUGAGGUGAUAAUUAUUAGCAAGAACAUGACCGAUUUGCAUGCAGAAGUCACUCCCCGAAUCGUAAAAGCUAUGAAAAAAGCGGUCGAGACUGGAGCCCCAGUGAAUCCUCCAAUUUGGUGGGUCGACCCUACUAAUAAGGAAGCUCAUAAAAUUAACGAUCAAUACCUCCUUGGAGAAGAGGUUCUAGUCGCACCAGUGAUUGAAAGGGGGGCAAUUUCACGAGAUAUUUAUCUUCCAAGUGGAAUCUGGAGAGACGGAAAUACCUAUCAAAAAUUCGCUGGUCCAAAGUGGAUAAGAAACUACCCAGCUCCUUUAGCAGUUCUUCCCCACUUUUAUAAACUCUAACUAUUCGUAAAUUAAAACGAACGAAAAUUAAAAAUU